AUGACGGAAGUGUAUGCAUUGGAGAUCUCAUCAAAUGUAUCCGAGUUUCCAUAUGAGAAGAAGUACCCAUCAUCGCUCACUCUAGGCGAACUCAAGAAGAAAUUGGAACUGGUUGUUGGAGCCACUUCCGAAAACAUCCAUAUCGAACUUCAUGAUGCUGAAGGCAAAUUCGUCUCUUCACUAACGGAUGCAGCUAAAAGCCUGAAAGAACUUGGAGUGAAGGAUGGUAUGCGUCUACAUGCCGUUGACAUUUCUGGCCAGAAUGCUGAAUUGCAAGAUGACAGUAUGGUUGAGAAGUACACGAUUAGCGAUGAUCAGUACGACAAACGUGAAGACAGCGUACGAGCAUGGAAGAAAAAGUUGCUAGCUGAGGGCGCUGCGGGUCAUGAGCACGCUACACCUGAACGUGGAGAUAUCAAUGAGGAAAUAGCCAAGAAAAUAAAGGUUGGUGAUCGCUGUGAAGUGAGAGUUCGCGGUGCGAUACCUCGUCGUGGAGUGGUGGCAUUCGUUGGAGAAACGAAGUUCAAAGAGGGGCCUUGGGUUGGUGUUAACUACGAUGAACCGGUCGGCAAAAAUGAUGGAGCUGUCGCCGGCGUCAGAUACUUCCAAUGCGGUGACAAGCACGGCGGUUUUGUACGACCUGUGGACGUGGCUACCGGUGAUUUCCCACCGCUUACAAUCGACGGCGAAAUGGAUGAGAUCUGA